AUGCAGUCUACUAGAGAACAGAUCUAUGAAAUUGGUUUAGCCAAUGAUGAUAAUGUACUAUCGGAUGAACAGUUGAAAAACAUGUUCAAAACCUUUGUUGACACUUUCCGAAUUGGAACAGAAUAUAUCUAUCGCGUUGAAUUGGCCAAAGAAGAUAAGACUUUACGAGUAAUUGUUGAACAUUUAGGAAUGUUUGAUAAGAAAUUGUUCCAAGCCGUUCUAUCUCGACCUUUGCAUUACAUUGAUCUGUUUAGGAGUGCUAUUAAUGAUGCCAGCUUAACCACAAUUGAACGUGAAAUCGAAAUGGUUUCCCAAUCAACUAUUAUUCCCAUCAGAAAAUUAGAUGCUGAACACUUAAACAGAAUUUCAACUGUUCGUGGAAUAGUCCUUUCUGUUUCAUCGAUCGCCACUCGCUCCAUCUCUCUUUACGUCUUCUGCAAGACCUGUAUGAACUCCAAGAUGGUUAAUGAAGCCAUUCCCAAAAAGUGCGAGUCAUGCAGUGGAACAGAUACGUUUAUUGCUAUCCCUGAGAAGAGUAUUCUCCAGGACUCACAAAUGAUCAAAGUCCAGGAGGUUUUUGAAGAUCUACCAACUGGUGAUAUUCCACGUCAUUUAAUGGCUAUGGCUACUGGAGGACUAGUAGAUCGAGUGGUUCCUGGCAGUACAGUAACAAUCACUGGAGUGUACAUGAUUGGUCAUACUAAGCAGGCCACUCCUUUCAUUCGUAUCUUUGGUAUGGAUACCAAUACAGGUGCAGCUGGUAUUCAGCCCAUGCACCGACCGCUUAAGAAAGCUAUGACCAGUCAUGCCCCUAUUCCCCGCCAGACUAUUAUCAAAAGUAUUGCUCCGGAAGUCUUUGGUCAUAAAGAUAUCAAACUAGCAUUAGCAUGUGCUCUGUUUAGUGGAGUGAGACGGUCGUUUGGUGAUGGUAUAACUGUACGAGGAGAUAUUAAUGUACUUUUACUGGGUGAUCCAGGUAUUGCUAAGAGUCAGAUGUUAAAGUUUCUAGCUAAUGUAUCUACGCGUGGAGUGUAUACUAGUGGUAAGGGUGCUAGUGCGGCUGGGUUGACGGCUUCAGUAUGUAAAGACCGAAUGGGUCAGUUUUACUUGGAAGGUGGUGCUUUAGUUCUGGCCGAUGGCGGACUGUGCUGUAUUGAUGAGUUUGAUAAGAUGCAGGAACGAGAUAGAGUGGCUAUUCAUGAAGCCAUGGAGCAGCAGACUAUUUCUAUUUCUAAAGCCGGGAUUGUGACAUCUUUGAAUUCUCGUUGUGCUGUGGUGGCUGCAGCUAACCCGAUUUUUGGGCGGUACGAUGAGAGUAAGGCUCCAGGAGAGAAUAUUGAUUUUGGCGUGACUAUUUUAUCUCGUUUUGACUUAGUUUUUGUGAUUAGAGACAAUCUUAUCAGUGAUAAGCAAAUUGCCUGGCACGUGCUUACGCGUAGUACUAGGCAGGCCCAUACUGAAAGUACGCAAAGUGAAGUAGAGAUCGAAGAGCAGGACCAUCUUUCAGCCGAAGCACUCCGGGACUAUGCCGCCUAUGCCCGAACGAUCAACCCGGAAAUCGAAGAAGAUGCAUCGCAGCGGCUGCAAGCCUUCUAUAUUCAAACAAGGAAAACGGCCCGAGAGUGCAAAGAUAGCAAAAAAGCACCAAUUCCCAUUACUGUACGACAGUUAGAAGCCAUUACGCGAAUCAGUGAAGCCUUAGCGCGAAUGGAGUUAGAAACCGUAGUAACUACCGAGCAUGUGGAAGAAGCCAUUCGUCUUUUUACGGAAAGUACAAUGAAAGCCGUUAUUAUGGGUCAUUUUGUGGAGGGAAUGCCUCGUAAAGAGUGGACUAAGGAGUAUACGGCAGCCGAGACUGCAAUUCGCCGGGCUCUACCAGUAGGAGUCUCUAAAUCAUAUAGCGCCUUGGUCAAUGAACUUUGUCGGCAGCAUAGUGAGGGAGUAGUCACCAAGUGUAUUGAGGGGCUAGUUCGUGGCGAAAAGCUCAGUCUACUCAAUGGAGGAAGACUCAUUGUAAGAAUGCCAUAA